GUUGAGCUUCAGAAGUCGAAUCAUUUCAGCCACAGUUUGGCCCCUGUGACAUUUGGGGUGCUGAGGUUUUUUGUUUUUUUUAAAUGGCAAUGUCACACUAUGUAUUGUGAAAAUAAAAAUAAGUAUUAAUUUCUGUGUUAUUUCCCACGCCAGUAAAAUAUGUGUGUGUUUAUGCUCCACGUCCCAUCAUCACUGUGAACUGUUCGAUCACCUCACAAAAAACGCGGUGUUGGUCCAGACGUAUAAGUCAGUAUUGUACAUGCACAUUCCAUGGAAAAGGAAAGGGAGCGAGCGGACUCUUCGUCUGAUCACGGCAUAUAAUCCAGUACUUGAAUCGUCCGCAAGAAAAAAAAAAGCUACAUUACUACAUUAAACCCUGAAAGUUGCACGGAUAGUCAAAACAAUCCACAAACACACACACACAACUGAAAUGCUUGUAUAUAAUCCAAGUGCCAGUAUAUUAUGUAAAAUCCCGAGAGGACUUAUGUGCAUUUAGCCGCUUUGGUAGACGCUGUAUAACAUAAAAAAUUGCGCUUAUCCCCUUUUUUUUGUUUUUUUUGGACCAUUGACUCAAUAGGAUUUCCUUGUGAGAUAGAUUUGUACACUAGUAAUUCUUCACCUCUGUUCGGGAGUUACGAAUUCAUGUUUUUGUCAUAAUUGUGUAUCAUGGAAUUAAACAUUUGUUAAACUUUCCUGCUUGUGUUGUGUUCAUGGACGCACUAUACACACCACCUAGCAUAUACCAUGUCAGAUGACCGUAGACAGAAAGUGCGUAAAAUACGCACCAAACUCGGUACGUACGUGUCCGGGGAAGUUUGGUGGUACACUUUAAUCACAUCAUGAGGGGAAAUUUGGGAACAAAUGGGUUGACGAAGUAGAUGUUUUUAAGGCAAAUUCGGGCCUUUUAAAUAAGAAAUAUUCGACUUUCUGGAUGAGGUUAUAGGAGCAAAGGAAUGAGCGAUGUGUCCAACAUUCACUUUGACUUUCCUGUAGCUGUUUUACUGUAACAUAACUUUAAGAGACGUCGAAGUUUCGAGUCCAUGCGUAAAUAUAUUCAAAUCAACCAACACUUUAAAUGACUAUUAUUAUUAUUUAUAUUUAAGAUUAUUAUUAUUGUUAUUAUUAUUAUUAAGUCGGGGCUAACGGUGGACUCGGGGUGUGUCGGGGGGCACAGAGCUCUGGCCGGUUCCUGACCGUCCUGCCCCAUACCAGACACCAGAUGACGCUCUUGUCUUACUGUCCUGCCCUUUUUCGCGCUAAAGAUCCUGGUCCUCAACAACCAACAGCUCAAAGUUUACCGGACACGUUUCUCCUAUUCAUCAAUAUCCCCAUUGAGUAUCAAAGCCAAUUUAUGACUGGCCAACAUGUGCACGUGAUCCCAUACAAAUACACCAUAUUUGGGCAGCGCACGUCGGAUCAAGAAUAAAAAAAAAGAUACCAAAGCCUACUCCACCUAUAAAUCCUGGAUUAUUUUUUUAAAGCAAGACAGCUCUGAAUUUUCCAAAAGCGGCUACCAAGAAAAGCAAUGAUCAACAAAAACAAGGAAAUAGCCGCAACCUGCAACAUCCCGCCGCCCUCUCUAGUUUAAAAAAAAAAGAGAAAAGUAUCGGUGGUGGUUGAACAUGAGCUCGUAUGUUGACAGCUCCAAUCUCAGGCAAACAAGCGAGACAACUUCUCCCAACAGAAUGUUUAGUUUCGAUCUAUCUGGGCACACGUCCAGCCGCUACGAGGAUGUUAAUGUGAACGGGAUAUUCACUUGUCCCGUCCCCACGACCUCUGUCGAACGGGAGGAGAUGAAAACUAGCCUGCGUGGCAAUGCGGAUACUCCUCUGCCGCCGGGACCACAGAUAACCAUGGUCUCCAGUAGCUCGUCUAUGGACGCAAGCGGGCUCAACUACGGCGGCGGCUGGGGCGAGGGGGCGGACAGGGACCCGGAGCGGAGCGCGAAAUCCGGCGGCAACAAGAGCCAGGAGGGCGACAGACACGCGGAGAGCGCGCAGUCGGCGAAACGCAUCGCAAACGCGAGCCAGCGUCAGGACAGUGAGCCGCGGCCACAGAUUUAUCCAUGGAUGACAAAACUGCACAUGAGCCACGAAUCGGAGGGUAAGCGGUCCAGGACCAGUUACACCCGCUACCAGACUCUGGAGCUGGAGAAAGAGUUUCACUUCAACCGGUACCUGAGCCGCCGCAGGCGCAUAGAGAUCGCCCACACCCUGUGUCUAAACGAGAGGCAGAUCAAAAUCUGGUUCCAGAACAGGCGAAUGAAGUGGAAGAAGGACUCAAAGAUCAAAGUGAAGGAGUAGCGGUGCUCCGGAGAACGGAUGGGGAGGGGGUUGCAUGCAGCACGUUCUCCACAGCCCCAACACUGCACAGUGCUGGAGUGCCGCCUGACCUCCGGAUGAACUGCUCGGAGCAGUGACAUCAUGACACCGCUCUGUGUGCUUCAUCACCAAUUAUGUGUCACUCGCUGCAGUUUGGGACCUAAUGCAUUGAAUAUCGCUCACUUUGAUCCAUCGGUUUACAUUUCUAAAUUAAUUUGCUGGCCAUGCGAUGAUAACCUCACUCGACUGCACGAUGGGAACAAGAGGUCGAGGGGAGCCGGGGUCCCUCGAGCUGCGAGGCUCUUCGGGCUCUGCAGUGCACCGAAAUCCUGCACGAUGCUAAUACCAGUAAUCCAUGUUUUCAAUAAGGACGACAGGCUGGGUGAUCCAACUGUACAUCAUCAUCGUGUGAUUAAAAAAGAAACUUUAAGGACAAGGGAUCAAAUGAAGGCAAACAAAAAAAAAUACUAAUUCAGACUGUGUUGGACCCGUUAAGAGUUUAACAAAACUAAAAACAAUUUUUCCACCACCUUCCCCUUUUUCUUUUCUUUUUUGAAAAUUUACUCUCUGACAUGUUGCAGUGCGAAGUUGUUGGAUGUGUGAUGUCUGUUAGUGCGUGGAUUUCUUUUCCAGCCAUGUUUUUCCUGUCAUAUCCCUGUGAAUCCCAAAUCCUUGUGUAAUAAUUCUGCGACUGUAUGUGAUGAUGUUGUGAUGUGCAAUGAAGCCACUUCUCUUCCUCCUUUGUAAACGGAAGGUGCCUGUUUUACACGAGGCCUAUAGAAAAACCCAUGGGUGGCUCAUCUGUUGAUUGUAACCAAUAAACUCUCAUCAUUAAACCUGAGAACAUUUUCCUAUUGUCAAAAAAAAAGCACAUUUAUCUUCUCCUGCUUUUUAAAUUGUAGAAUUUUGUGUUAUACGACUCCACUGAAUUAAACUAUUUAGAAACUGUAAAAUA